AUGAUCUUCGAACGUUUUACGCUAACUUGCUAUCAAGAUGAUGUCUUCUUCGACGAGAACCUGUACAACGUGGAAUCAGUUCGAUCGUCAAAUGAGCAAUGUGACAAUAUCGCCGCCCUGAGAUACGUUGCCGCCGUUUGUCCGACAGUGCAAGCAGUUGUUAAGCUGGAUGAUGAUGUCGCAUGGAAUAUCCAGGGCACAAAAUCGGUCGUAGAUGAAUCCAUAAAAGAUGGGCGUAUCCGUUGUAUGAAGCAUGUCACAGAAGAAGAGUACAGCGGAGAAUAUUUCCCGCCGCAUUGCCUUGGAUUCGCUUACGUGAUGCCACGAAAGGCUUUUUGGUUCAUACUCGAGGCUACUAGUGAGGAACGGUUUCUCUGGAUAGCAUCAGCAAAGUGGUUAAGUGGUCCCCGGUACGACACAGUCCUGACGCAGGCAGAUGGAGUAGUAGCCACGGAGCUCCAAGCCACCCCGUGA